GUGUUUAUUGGUUAAUUAAAAAGAGAAUUGAAAAGGCGAAAAAUGGCAUCUAAAUGCAACAAAUGUAGAUCCUAUGGCCGGAUUUGGCGCACCAACAAGAAGAAAGAAUUAAAGAAAUACUUCAAAAAUCCUGGGAAAAUUUUCAGCUUUAGAAAAAAGGCCCCAAAGGCCAUGAGUAUGGCCGAGAAUAGUACGCCGCCGAGAAAGAGGAUAACAAAUAAAACUGAAUUAAAUACUCCCAUAAAAAUACCAUCUUCGCCUUUCCUGCAAAAAAUAGGCUAUGGCUCGGGAGUUGGAGUGUACAUGUUUGAAAGAUCGUCCAAAGUAGGCUCUGAACUCUCCCCAUGGGCAAUAAAGAAAUGGCUAAAAGGAAAAAGCAAUAAGCAUAAUGAUAAACGUCUCCAAUUAGAAGCUGAUAUCCUACGACAAUUGAGCCAUCCCAACAUCAUUGGUUUCAGAGCAUUCACCAAAGGAGAAGAUGGAAAGCCUUGCUUGGCUAUGGAAGUGCUGGAUAUGUCACUUGGUGACAGAAUUGAGAAGAGACGGAAGAUCAAGAACAAACCAUUCCCAGCCAAGAAAAUUUUGAAAGUCGGUUUUGAAAUUGCAAAAGGUCUCGAGUAUCUACAUCACGCUGCAUACAUAUUACAUGGAGAUAUAAAAAGUUGGAACAUUUUGGUGUCCAAUGAUUUCAACACAAUUAAACUGUGUGACUUUGGAAAUUCUUUACCCUUGACAAAAUCUUUAGAAAUGGACACGUCAAACGGCUAUUUUUCUUAUGUUGGGACAAGUUGUUGGAAUCCUCCUGAGGUUAUAUCAGAAAAAGGACCAGUGACGAGUGCUAGUGACAUUUGGACAUAUGGCCUUGUCCUUUGGGAAAUGAUAGCUUUAGUACCACCUCACUGUGAAGAUUUUGACGAAUCUUUUGAUAACUCCACUACAAUGGAAGACAUGAAAAAUAAUCAGCUUGAAUCUGAUGUUAGUAUAGACGAAAGUAUGACUGAUCUCAAAGAGAUAAUGCCACACAGUAAAUAUGGUACACGUCCAGCUCUACCUGCUAUUGACUUGAGCAAAGAUUAUGAUAACAUAUUGGAAAUAUUUUUUAUAUGUACCACAAAUUACAAAUUGAGACCCAGUGCAAAAAGACUAGUAAAAUACUAUCAAAAAUGCGCAAAAAUUGAUUUAAACAUGAAUUAA